UUAGAAAUGUUAUUCCAGUGGCUUCUUGUGGUCGCCAGCGUCACCCUGAUCUCGGCAGGAUCUUCGCCGGAGCGAAUAGUGGGUGGCCACUUUGUGGGUAUCACAGACGUUCCCUGGCAGGCGGCUCUCCUGUACUCGGGAAGCUUCAAGUGCGGUGCUGUGGUCUAUAGUGAGAAGAUCGUCAUAACAGCAGCCCACUGUACUCACAACGCCUUCGAUACACUCUAUUCCGUCCGAGUGGGAUCAGUAUGGAAGAACUUGGGAGGACAGCUCGUCAGAGUUGCUGUAAUUCGGAGACAUGAAGACUAUGUAUAUAGAUUUACCGCUGCGUUUAACGAUAUAUCCGUAGUUCGACUGGCGGACAGUCUAACUUUUAAUAGCAACGUAAGACCUAUUUCACUGGCCGAUGCUGCACCCGCAGCUGGAACUGAAGCCACCAUUUCUGGUUGGGGAGAAUUCGGAAUCCCCGGGCUAGGAUCUGCAGCUCUAUUGCAAGCUUCGGUGAAAAUAGUGGACUCAAAUGCCUGUAGGCGGGCCUAUCCAUACCUCACCGAUGCAAUGAUUUGCGCCGCCGCUCUCCUGAAGGAUUCCUGCCGAGGAGACUCCGGAGGACCUCUCGUCUCCGGUGGCCAACUAGUCGGCAUUGUGUCCUACGGCAAGUGGUGCGCAAUUCCCUACUACCCCGGUGUCUACGCCAAUGUGGCUGUGCUGAAACCUUGGAUCUUAAAUGCUACUGCACAUCUUUAAAUUUAUGCUUAACAUUCAAGACAACUAUCUAGCAUUUGUAACAAUACUUAUGACAUAUGUAUA